AUGCGACCGCAAACUGUUUGUCCCGGAGCUCACGAUGUUCGUGAAAACGGUACCCAUUCCCAUUGGCAUUCGAGCAGUCGUGUCCGUUAUCCAUCAACCGGACACUCAUAUCGUGUGCACAGAUAUCCGCUGGUCUACGCCACAAUACCGAAUCAUGCGUCUUCCACCACACGCAGUCGAUCUCAACAACCAAGUCCGUCCCACCAUUCAUCAGGAAUGAAUGCCCGUGGCUCACAUACUCCCGUUAGCGGGCACGCCUAUGAACGGGCUGAUUCGCGAGCAUCUUCUAGAAAUCGAUCGCAUGCAAGUGAAGGUGCUCCACCACGACCAGUGCGAAUAAAUGGCAAUACGAAUUUGGUCACUCCGCCUCCGUGGCGCGGAGGCCCAACAAAUCUAUCUCCCAGCUCGACAGAAUUUACAAAGCACACACGUGAGGCGUCUAAGCAGCGAUCCACUCAGGGUACAUACCAUAGGCCAAUCUCGGAUUACCGGAUAGAGAGUACAACUGUGAACACAAACGGCAGCAACAACUCUCGUCCCAUACCAUCCCAAGUUCGAGCACGGAGUCGUCAAGAGUUGAUAAGUCAACCCGAAGUGGCUGGACACAAUGGAAAUAUGCAUCGAAAUGAGAAUAGCACACGUUCUUCUGAGUCUCGUUCCGUCCACACAGCUCGAUCCGGUGGAAUUUACGAGAAUCCCAGCCUGCUUCAAUCUUCCCCGCCGUUGGAAAGGCGCUAUCGAGACCCACCGGCUGCGCAUAUCCGAGCACGUGCACCAACAGUAACAGAUAUGACCAAUUCAGGUCGAAUCACUGCUCCACCAGGAACCGGCACAGCUAACGGAAACGAAGGGACUGACGAAAAUAUACNAUUUGAAAGUUGUCAUUGA